CACCAACAGAUAAUAAAACCAUUUAUGUCUCUCCAGUUUUUCAACACUGGGACUUCGCACUUGAAUUCCUCUGCAAUGGAAGCUUGCUCCUUGCAGUCACCAACUGUAACCACCAUACCCUCCUCUGUAUCCCAUAAUGGGUUUAAAGAACAGCCUUUUCUUCGUGGUCAGUUCCUCAAGAUUUCCAAUUCAAAGAGGCACCCACAUGUCAGGAAGCUAGGAUUUCUUCAUAUCAAAGCUCAAGCCUCAGGCACAACGAAUUCCAGCUCAGAGAUAGUUGAGGAGGUUAUGGGAAGAGUAGGUCUGAAAGAUGAGAAUGUGGUAUUUGUCGCUGGUGCUACUGGUAAAGUUGGUUCACGAGCAGUAAGGGAGCUUUUGAAACUUGGGUUUCAAGUCAGAGCUGGUGUCAGGAGCGCUCAGAGAGCAGCCACCCUUGUAGAAAGUGUUAAGCUAAUGAAGCUUGAUGUUGAAAGUGCAAGCCAAGGAAGCCAACCUGUAGAAAAGCUUGAAAUUGUGGAGUGCGACUUAGAGAAACAAGAUCAGAUUGGACCAGCAUUGGGAACUGCAUCAGUAGUCUUGUGCUGUAUUGGUGCAAGCGAGAAGGAGAUUUUUGAUAUCACUGGACCAUAUCGGAUUGACUAUCUGGCUACAAAAAAUCUUAUUGAGGCAGCAACUGUUGCAAAAGUUAACCACUUCAUAUUGCUCACAUCUCUGGGAACAAACAAAAUUGGAUUUCCCGCGGCUAUUCUGAAUUUAUUUUGGGGCGUCCUGAUUUGGAAAAGAAAGGCUGAAGAGGCACUGAUAGCCAGUGGACUUCCCUACACUAUAGUGAGACCCGGUGGAAUGGAACGGCCCACUGAUGCUUACAAGGAAACUCAUAAUAUUACUCUCUCAACGGAGGAUACUUUAUUCGGUGGUCAAGUGUCGAACCUGCAGGUAGCAGAGCUCAUGGCAUGCAUGGCCAAAAAUCCUGGCCUUUCUUACUUCAAAGUUGUUGAAGUAGUUGCAGAAACAACUGUUCCAUUGACUCCUCUGGAGGAACUUCUGGCAAAGAUACCAUCUCAACGCGCUGACAUAUACCCACCAAAGGAAUUUGGUGGUAGUGCUACUGCUGCUGCUUCUGAUCCAGAACCUUCUAAGAUUGCCACAUCUGAGAAACCAAGCACUCCCAUUGAGAAAGAACCGGCAAAAGAAGAAGUGCUGGUAAAACAGCCAUCAUCUCCUUAUAUUGCCUAUGAAGAUUUAAAGCCACCAACAUCUCCUACUCCAACACCAAGUGGUCCCAAACAAAUUCCUCCAGAUGCCUCAACACCAGUAGAAGUUACCUCAACACCAGUAGAAGUUGCAUCACAACCAAGUGGAGGUAAUGAUGUGAUAGAGGCUAUCACAAGCAUUGUUUCUGAAAAGGUGUCUCCUCAGAAAUCAACUCAUAGCCAUUCACCCUACCAUGUAUAUGACAACUUCAAGCCCCCUUCAUCACCAUCUCCUAGUCCUCCAACCACAUCACUCCUUUCAACACCCGCUGCAGAUAAUGGAUCUCAACCGGGUACCUUGUCGGUCAACAGCACAGUGAAAAUUCCAACAGAAAAUAUGCAAACUGACACAGACCAACAUACCGAACCAAAGCCAAAACCACAAUCGCCUUUCACUAUGUAUGAGGACUUAAAGCCUCCAGCAUCGCCAAUACCAUCCCCAAAGAAAUUCUAGACGAUUCGCUGCCCCAUCAAUUUUUUACAAGAACCAUACAUAGGUGCAAGUAAAUCUGAACUUACUUAAUUGUAACAGAACCAUAUAUAGGUGCAGGUAAAUCUGAACUUUGCAUCCACGGUUGGCAAAGUUUUCAUACUCAUGAAGAGGAAGCAGCUGAGAUUGCGGGAGUCUUAUUCUUGGAAAUUGUAAUGUAAACAAUGUAUAUGUAACUGUGUGAAUAUGUACCUCAAGAUUAUGCAAACUCCAGUGACGUAAUUUCGCUUGAAUAAAUGAUAAUUUUAUGUCAGAUGUUUCAAAA